AGCUCUUUCCAAAAGCUUCGAGAGAAAAAUGCGUCCAGAGGGGAGGGUUCUGAUUUGACUGCAGGAACCAGUAAAGGAGACGAGAUACAAAUAGAAGAGGUUCAGGAAAUUUAUCUGAAGAUUUCUUCCGAUGUGGCUUUGUUUUCUAAAAGUAACUGCUCCUCGAAUUCUUAUAUGUAUGAAAAUUCUGAAGAAGAUUUGUUAGAAGACAGAUCGUCGACAAUGGCAGACAUAUUUGAAGCAAGAAAAAUCCACACUCUUCCAUUGCUCUCAGCUCGAAGUAUUGCCCAUGCGAAUAAGUUGCAUGUGCAUUCAAAGGACAUAUUUGUUUCGCUGCUCGACUCAAGUUCCAAUUCUAUGGCCGAGUAUAUCUGCAGAAUAUGUCACGGGGGAGAAAGUUUAGACGAUCUUUUGACGCCCUGUCGAUGUAGGGGUACAGUCGCUCUGGUUCACCUGAAAUGUUUGGAAAGAUGGUUGAAGGAAUCAAAUCACAGCAGCUGCGAAUUAUGUCAGCAUCAUUACAAAAUUGUCAGAGAACCACAGUAAGUUAGUAGAGAAUGUUCCUCAA